AACUUAAAUCCACAAAUAAUCAACAUUCACUACGUAAAUAAAUAAACAAAGAAAAUCGCUCAACGCGGUCAAUUUAACUUCACUUACUGAUACUACAGCAUGUCGGUGACGCGAACUCACAAGAUUUUUACCCAUCUAAUAAGAGUCCAACACGCACAAGGUGGAGACAGUCUUAUUGUUCGAGACAUUUGGAGUAGAGAAGGGACAGAGAAGGAGCAGGAAGCUAACUGCUGUCCGAGAUCUCACCGAAGCCACCACUGUACUGCUGUGGACGUGCAAGUGAAAUGCAGUGCAAACACAGAAUUGAUCUAGUGGCCUAGUUGCAGCUCCAAUAGGAAAGUUACAGUUCCGGACAGCACGCGACAGGCGAUAACUCAUGGCCGUUAUUCGCCCCGCCAAGUGUGAACCUGUUGGUUCGCGCAUGCGUGAACCGCCGUCUGCUCGUCUCUGCUUCGUCUGCUGCUCCAGUUUGCAGCUGCAUAUCUCUCAGAACAGCCAUAUUUAGAAAACAGGCCUACUUUGUCAAGUGAGACAGAAGACGCAACAAGUUUUUUUUUCCUUUUGCACUGAAGGACCUCAUGGCGCGGCGGCUGGUCGCGAACCUGCUGGUGCUGACGGCCCUGUGCGUGCUGGCUGUCGGCGCACUGACGUGGCGCCAGGCGGACCAAGAGGAGUCGCGCAACUCCUCGCAGCUCGAGCAGCCCGCGGGCCGCCUGCUGUCCAGGAAGAGGCGCUACCUCGUGUUCCCCGAGGGCUCGUCGCUGCAGCUGGUGUUCUGCCUGACGGUGCCGACGCUCAUCCCGGACACCAUCUUCAACCUGGGCUGGACGCUGGGCGUGAACUGGGAGCUGCCCAACGACACGCGGCCCUUCAGGCGCGACCCCAUGCUGUCGCACCGCAUGGACCGCCGCGACGUCUACGGCAAGCUGGAGGGCCUGCUCAAGGCAAUGGGGAUGGACGGCCAGGCGUGCAUAAUGAGAGCGCUCUGCGAGGCAGGCCAGCGGACAGGCGUUCCUGGAGAGUUCAUCGAGGAAAUACUGCACGCCAUAUUCAAGUUCCCCUCGUCGCGGGAGUUCGGCCUGGACGAGCACCUGCACUACGACCGCGCGCACCGCACCAGCGGCGACUGCGCCGAGAAGUUCAGCGACUGCCCCUCCUCGCUGGCGGACAUGGCCUUCGAGUGAUGGCCUCCGCCCUUCCACACGGCCAGAGCACGCCCCCGCGCUUUUCCAGGCCGCCGGCACACGCGAAACGCGCUGCAUGCUGAAAUGCACCGCUCGCGCAACAACACUAGACGCAGUACAAACUGUCUGAGCCCAUCGUCAAACGGCCUGGUUAGACAAAAAAUGGUGUCAUGUUGGACGGCUGUUGGUCCAUCGCUAGUUUUUAACAUCUUGUGACAAUUUAAUACCACAGAGUAUGACUGUAAUAGUGUAUUUAUUAUAUUCCAUUAUUGGUGUACUGCUUCUGUAAAAAAAAUACUACUUUACAUUCAAAAUUUUCCACGAAAACGUACGUCUGUUGUUACAAUAGUCAGUAAACAAAUCUCUUUUAGCUGAAUUUCAUAGUUAUUUUGGCAAAUCUCGUGCAAAUUAUGGGGUCUUGCGCAGAGAACCAGAAUCGGUCUAUAUUAUAAAUUUAGUCUAUUGUCGCAGCCAACAAGACAAAGUUCCUGCAGAAUGAGGUGGAAACCAAACACAUUCCCUCCUUGUUACUUUUCCACAUCUUUCGCAUUGUGAUUAAUGUUCCUUUAAAGAUUAUUGAAAUUUAAAAAAAAAAUUAUAUUCCAAAAUUAACAAAAACUUUUCAUUAUACAUAUUUUGCAACAAAUCUGUAAUUUUACAAUAUAACGGCCAAUCUGAUAGAAAUCAACCCAAUAUUUGAGGCCAUCACUAUCAAGUCUGGCGCUUUAUAAAAUAUGAAUAUUUGGCUGAAGGUAUUCGGCCAUAGUAAUCAAAAAAAUAAUUUUUGUCAUGUUUUCUGUAAUUGCCUUGGUUACACCUUGAAGGAAUUAUUGAUACUUCAUUCGCACCCGAUUACAAAAUAUUUAAUCAAGCUGUUUCCGUUGUAUCAUUUAAUAACUUUCCUUGUGUCCAUAUGAUUAUUGUCACGGUUUUUUAUGAUGUGUAUGCAUGACGACCCCUUAUAACUUUAUAAUCGUGUGAAAGCAUAAAAAUAUCUUAAAAUGUCUUUAGUUUUACAUUUUGCAAUUUUUUUCUAGAUAAAUAACAAAAAUGCUUUAUCAUUGCAACCUUAUUACAUUCUUUGCUGAGAAAUUAAUGUUGUAAUAUGUAAGAAUAUUUUUCAGAUAUUUAUUCAAAUACAAUGUUGUUGUUUUUUUUUAUAUAUAUAAUAUUAAUCCCAAACCAAAUGAAAUUGAAAACAAAAUAAAAAAUCUCAUUCAAACAA